AUGGAUGAAACAGUUGCUGAGUAUAUCCGAAGAACUGUCCUAAAAAUCCCACGAGAUGAAAUCAAGACAACGCUACAGAAAUGGGGCUUUCUCUCUGAGUCGCAGCUGCAAACUGUAAACUUCCGUCAGCUGAAGGACAGCAUUAGUCAAGAUGUUGUGCAUCUCUGUGAGGAAAAUUCGGCAGACAUAAAGCAAGCAGCUGACCUAGAUGUAGUUUACAACCAUGUGUACCCAAACAAAAGGAUGUGGAGUGUUUACCAGAUGAACAAAACAGGAGAAGAAACAGAUUUUUUUGACUUUAAAGAUUUCAAAAAAAAAUUUAAAAGACGACUUCGGUCAGCCUUGAGAAAUGUCACUAUCAAUUUCAGAGAAUACGAGGAUAAUGCGAUCUGGAUUAGAAUUGCCUGGGGAACACCAUAUACGAAACCGAACCAGUACAAAGCCAGCUAUGUCGUGUACCAUUCACAGGUUCCCUAUGUCUUCAUUUCUACCUCGGUGCUUAAGAGCAACAUCCCUCUGCUAUGUCAGGCCCUGCUUGUUGCUUCCAAUUACCAUGACAUCCGUGAAAUGGAGCUUCGAGGUCACUGUUUAAACUCCCUUAAAGAUAUUGUGUUUAAGAGAUAUAGCCAGAACUUCCAAACUUAUUGUCCAAGACCUCUACCAGAAACGAGCAUAACACCAGUAAUCAAAGAUCUAAGGGUAGUUCAAGAAAAUGGAGAUGAGAAAGAAAGAAUACUGAGGGUGAAUCGGGAAGUUUUUGGUGAUGGUCCCCAACCAAAACUUGAAUUUGCACAAUAUAAGCUUGAGACAAUGUUUAAAAGUGGUCCUAAAAUGGAUGUUUUGCAUAAAAAAGAACCGUUCAGAUGUCUGGUCAAGUUUUCUAGUCCACACCUCUUAGAAUCGCUGAAAUCCUUGGCACCAACAGGUGUGGCUGAUGCACCACUGUCACCACUACUUACAUGUAUACCCCACAGAGCUAGGAAUUAUUUUAAAGUUAAAGAGAGAAAAAGUUUACUUCCAGGAAGUUUUGUAAGCCCUUAA